AUGGCAAGGCUCUGCGUUUCGCUGCUCGCCGUUGUCACCGUCAUCGCCGCGUGUGUCCUGCAGCCGUCGCAAGCAGCGCCGCUGAGCGUGAGCGUGGGGAUUGGCACGCAGAUGAGGAUCCGUGGGUCACGACCACCUUCCAGUCAUCUCGCUGUGUGGAGCUGCUGUGUGGAGCUUCCAGCCGAUGCGGGCAAUGGCAAGACGGUGGUGAGGUUGAAGUGGCAGCAAGCCACAAGCACGAAUGCCUCUGCACCGUGCACGACCAUCCAGUUCUUCUCGGGGACUCUCGGGUGCACAGGAAACGCGAGCAACACCCUCGUGGUCAGCAAGCAGAGUUCCAAGAAGCCCGCCAAGGGAGUGAAGUACCCCCUCUGCGUCAUCGCCCAGUUUGCCUCGCUGAGAGCGCACGAGUGGGUGGGUGGCUUGUCUCAUCUCUGCUUUCCUUUUCCGCCUUCCGCACUGCGCUGUGCUGCAGACGACAUCUGCAAGUAUGCGAGCUGCCCGGCCAACUCCACGUGCUUCCGAUCCACUUUCGAUGGCAAGAAGAAACCACAGGACUUGUCACCUCCACAGCAGCAUCUUCCAGUGAAACCACCACAGCAACUUCUGGUGGAACCACUGCAGCAACUUCCGGUGAAUCCACAGCAGCAACUUCCGGUGAAACCACCGCAGCAACUUCCGGUGAAACCACCGCAGCAACUUCCGGUUAAACCACCGCAGCAAUUUCCGGUGAAACCACCGCAGCAACUUCCGGUAAAACCACCGCAGCAACUUCCAGUGAAACCACCGCAGCAACUUCCGGUGAAACCACCGCAGCAACUUCCGGUAAAACCACCGCAGCAACUUCCAGUGAAACAACCGCAGCAACUUCCGGUGAAACCACCGCAGCAACUUCCAAGGAAACGUCAGAAACUUCGGGCACAGAAUCUUCCACAUAUAACACACCUUCCUACUCUAUCGGUUAUUGAGCCAAGCCACAAGGCGUAA